AUGAGGAUCCCAGGUCCUAUCGAGUCUCUCAGCAACUCAGACGAUGGUGAGGUUGUCUUUUUUACUGACGUUCUUCUGCAGGGGGUUCUUGCCCAAAUCGGGUAUGCUCCAGGCCAAUACAAUCCCAACUUGUGGGAGGCCUUGAUGGGGGUGAUUGUUGCAUUCCGUAUUGCUGAGGAAGAGGAGCCUUCCUACGGGCAAUUCUCCAACCUGGCUUCUGAACGGGGGCAUUUCGUCAGUGCCGUGCCGACUUCUCAAAAGUCUUGGAGGAAUCGGUGGGUGCUUUUGUCUGGCGAUUGGGAAUUGCCUUCGGGAAUGCCCGUCCGUUUCCACAUUCCCACCGCUUUCCAGAUUGCCGGUAGGUCAUCAGCAUGCCAAUCGACAGGCAAACUAAAGCAGCCAAACCCAACUCAAUCCAAGAUUCGGCAGGUUGAUAAAGUGAGGCUGAAGGUUCCUACUGUUGACAAGGUAUACCUAGGAUUCCUCUUUACCAAGAACCUGAUCAGAGCCCACCUCGUCAACCCUACCAAGACUAAUGACAGACGCCAGGAAAGCUGCCGAAGCCAAGAGGAUGAACGAAUCCUUAAAAAGGGGCCUCAUGAUGGGCCUAAAAGAGAAGAAAAAGAGACGUUUAAGACAGCAAGAGAUAACAUUUGA